AUGAUUCUUCUUUUCUGUGUCUUCUGGAUGAAUUUAACGUCUGCUCUGCAAGAUGUGGCGGUGGAUGCGUUUGCCAUUAGUCUACUUAAGCCAUCGGAGCUUGGUAUAGGAAGUACACUGCAAGUGGUUGGUUAUAAAGUGGGUGCUCUGUUUGGUGGAGGUCUCCUUGCGUGGCUUAGUGUCUACUGCAGUUGGGAAUGGCUAUUUACCCUUUGGGGUUUCUUUUACAUUGCCACCUUAAUUGUUGUGUUGCUUAACAAGAACACCGAAUCCUGUACACAACAUAACAAAAGAGAGGACGUAACAUACAGAGACCGCACUAAAGAAAGUAUUCAUGAUCUGGGUGUAUCAACCAACUCCAAGCAUGGGGAAAACAGCAGUGUGAAUCAAAUUCCAAUUUCAAAUGAUUACACAUGUAAAACCGGCAAGCUAAGUGUCAAGCACAUUGUGGAAACAAUUUUCAAAACGUCUGAUUUCUUAUGGCUUGUAUGCUGUGUCUUAACAUACAAGCUUGGCGAACAAGGUGUUGUUAGCAUGCUUCCUUUAUAUCUGAUAGAUCAAGGAAUCCCCCAGGAUCAAGUGGGAGUGAUAUUUGGAAUAUUUGGUCAAGUAUUCUCAAUUACUGGGUCCACACUAGGAGGCUGGAUUGUUGGUUUGCAUCAUGGACAAAGAUCAUGGGUGAUUAAGGUACUACUGUGGACGUCAUUUGCAAGACUCAUUCCUCUUGCUUCAGUAUGGAUAUUAUCUCUAACAACAUUAACUAAGUCUUCAGUUAUAAUUCUUGAGUGCUUCAUUCAAUUAACGGGUGGUACAGUUACCACAGCAACAUUCACACUUAUGAUGCUAAGUUCUCAGAGUUCUUCUCCGGGUAUCAGAGCAACACAUGGUGCUAUUCUUGCUACUGCAGAAGUACUGGGAAAAUUGUCAAUGAUCUCACUGUCUGGGAUACUGGUGGACAAUAUUGGCUAUCACUUUUUUUUUGGAUUUUGUACUGUUUUGGCAUUGUUAGCGAUUCCUGUUUUACAGCCUGGCCUUAUUUCUCCAAGUAAAAAGACCUUGUAA